AAUUGCAGAGAAAACGGGAGAUUUAAAAGAUUUUGUCAAUGCUGCCUACACAGACAGUUACUACAAAGGUCAGACAGCACUCCAUGUUGCAAUUGAACAGAGGAUUGCAAAAUUUGUACAGAUGCUGGUUAAAAAAGGGGCUGAUGUCCAUGCUAAGGCCUGUGGAAAAUUCUUUCAGCCCAAUCAAGAAACAUGCUUCUAUUUUGGUGAGCUGCCUUUGUCUCUGGCCGCUUGCACUAAUCAGCCUGACAUUGUUGACUUCCUUAUGAACAAUCCAUACCAGGCAGUGGAUGUCAGGGAGAGGGACUCUCAUGGAAACACGGUGCUUCACGCACUAGUAUCCAUAGCUGAUAACAGUCCUGAAAACACAGAGUUCGUCAUUGCCAUGUAUGACCACAUCUUAUUCAAAGCCGACCAACUUCACCCCAAGAUCAAGCUGGAGGAAAUCGAAAAUAAUGAAGGACUCACCCCACUCACAUUAGCUGCCAAAACAGGAAAAGUUGGGCUGUUAAAGCACAUCGUGCAGCGGGAGUUUAAGGGGUGCAAACAUCUGUCACGGAAGAUCACGGAGUGGGCCUACGGUCCAGUGUGCUCGUCUCUGUAUGACCUCGCCUCUCUCGACACCUAUGAGAAGAACUCUGCGCUGGAGAUAAUCGUUUAUGGCAGUGAGAUUCCUAAUCGCCUCGAGAUGCUCCAUAUUGAGCCAUUUAACAGGCUGAUUGAAGAGAAGUGGGAGAGAUUUGCGAAACGGAUGUUCUUGUUCAACUUUAUCGUUUAUGUUAUCUACCUUUUUAUCCUCACUGCUGUAGCUUAUCACCGUGAAGAAGGGAAGGACUUGAAAAAAAAACAACCACUAAAGCCUCCAUAUCCUUAUAGAAAAGAUAGCAAUGGCUACCUGCUUCUGACAGGACACAUCAUAACUACCAUUGGAGCACUUUACUUCUUUAUUAGAGGGUUAAUAGAUAUGUUAAGAAAGCGUCCAAGAUUUCAGUCCCUGAUCAUAGAUGGAUACACCGAUCAGCUUUUUUUUCUGCAGGCCGUGCUCUUCCUGGCGUGUGCUCUGCUGUACUGCUUUGGUCAGGAUGAAUAUGUGGCCUGUCUAGUUCUGUGUCUUGCCUUGAGCUGGGUAAAUCUACUCUACUUCUCCAGGGGGUCCAAAAAUAUGGGAAUCUACAAUGUCAUGAUACAAAAGAUGGUUCUUGGAGAAAUUCGUCGAUUCCUUGUCGUGUACAUGGUCUUCCUCAUUGGGUUCUCUGCAGCCGUGGUAACGCUCCUUGAUGAAAGAGUCCCUAGUAUGGGACGAUCUUUAUUCGCUCCUAUUACUGGAAAUGAAAACUGUACGAAGCCCUCAUUCAAGAGCAUCUACUACACCACUCUGGAGAUGUUCAAGUUUACGAUUGGCAUGGGAAAUCUGGAGUUCACCAAUCAGUAUAAAGUGGAGGAGAUGUCUGUAGAGAGCACC